UUAGAGUCCUACAUAACUGAUGACAACAAUAAGACCAUGGUGAAAGAAUUUAUCCUAUUGGCAUUUUCUGACUUAGGACAAUUGCAGAUAUUACUGUUUGUCACCAUUUUGCUGUCAUACUUGAUCUGUGUUACUGGAAAUAUUUCUAUUAUCAUUUUAAUUAUAACUGAUCCUUUACUUCAUAACCCAAUGUAUACAUUUAUAGGCACCUUUGCAUUCCUGGAAAUUAUGUUCGUAACAGUUACAAUACCUAAGCUUCUGGAUAACUUAAUUUCAGGAAAAAAGAGUAUUUCUUUUCUAGGAUGUUUCACACAGUUAUAUUUCUUUAACGGAUUAGGGAUAACUGAAUGCUACCUCUUGGCAGUAAUGGCCUUUGAUCGGGAUUUAGCUAUUAACAAUCCCUUUCAUUAUUUAUCUAUCAUGAGUAAGAAGUUUUGUUUUAAACUAGCUGUGGCACCAUGGAUUGUUGGGCUUUCUAUUUCUUUUGUGACUACAUUUUGUACAGCUUGUCUAAAUUAUUGUGGUUCAAACCAGAUCAACAAUUUUGUAUGUGAUGCAGCCCCGCUUCAAGAUUUGUCUUGCUCUGAUCCUUUAAUCAGCAAACUGGCUAUACUAGUAGCGGCUGUCUUAGCUGUAGUCAUCCCAUUUUUUAUCAUUAUAGGUUUCUAUAUUCAUAUUAUUAACACUAUCUUAAAAAUUAAAAGUUCUGCUGGAAAGAAAAAAGCAUUCUCUACCUGCUCCUCUCAUCUUACUGUGGUCAGCCUGUACUAUGGUACAGCUAUGAUUGUAUAUAUUACACCCAUUGGCACCCAAAUGGACAAAUUCCUAGCUCUUGUAUACACUGUCCUAACUCCAAUGUUAAAUCCAUUUAUUUACACUUUGAGAAACAAGGAUGUUAAGUCAGCAAUAAACAAAUCUAAAUCUUUAUUAACUGGCUUACUGACUGUUUCUGCUUUGCGUUAA